AUGGAUUGUGAGGCUAAGUUAUGGCUGCUAGUUCUUUUUUUGUUUUCCAGUGCAAUGCAUUGUGCUAUUGGAGAGCCCCAAGUACCUUGUAUUUUCAUUUUUGGAGAUUCUUUAUCGGAUAAUGGAAAUAACAACGACCUUGCUACCGAUGCCAAAGCUAAUUACAAACCUUAUGGAAUUGAUUUUCCUGAUGGGCCUACUGGAAGAUUUACCAAUGGCCUUACUUCAGUUGACAUAAUCACUGAUCUUUUGGGAUUUGACCAUUACAUUCCACCCUAUGCAAAUACCAAAGAUUCAAACAUUGUUGAAGGUGUUAAUUAUGCAUCUGGUGCAGCAGGAAUUCGCAAUGAGACUGGAACACACAUGGGUCAAGAUAUAAGCAUGGGAUUGCAAUUAGAACAUCACAAAGAUAUUGUUUCUCAAAUCUCCACAAAACUUGGAAGUGACAAAGUGCAACAACACCUUAAUAAGUGCUUAUAUUAUGUAAAUACAGGAAGCAAUGAUUACCUUAACAAUUACUUUCUGCCACAACAUUAUCCAACUAACGGAAAGUACAAUACUAACCAGUAUGCUGUAGCUCUUAUCCAAGAACAUAUGACUUAUUUAAAAGCUUUGUAUGAGCUUGGUGCAAGAAAGUUUUCUUUGUUUGGAUUGUCGCUUAUAGGUUGCGUUCCACACGGGAAAAAUGGUUCACUGUGUAUUGAAGAACAAAAUACAGCAGCACUAGUUUUCAAUAACAAACUUAAAGCCGUUGUUGACCGUUUCAACAAAGAAUUACCUGAUGCAAAAUUCAUCUUCAUUAACACUGCUAUCAUAACAGAAAAUAGCUUCAAGCAAGAUAUCAAAAUUUUGACGUGUUGCAAAGUGGGAUCAAGCGGGCAGUGUAUCCCUAAUGAGGAACCAUGCCUGGACAGAAAUUUGCAUCCGUUUUUUGAUGAAUUUCAUCCAUCUGAGAUGGUCAACAAAGUGUUAGCAAAUAUGGCUUAUGAUGCUCCUGUUCCAGCCUUUGCAUACCCAAUGGAUAUUAGUCAUCUGGUUAAAUUGUAA